GACUAACUCCGAAUCUUCAAAUGAAAAAUAAUGAACUUCAAUUGAUAUUAAAUAAAUUAUCACUAUCAGUGGAAAGUAAUCUUUACGUCAGUGUGCAAGGCUCAAUAUAAAUAUGAAAUGUUUUAAAAACGAAAGAGGAAGUAAAUUAUACUACAAACCGGGUAUGGAAUGUUUUGGAAAAUCGACGUCUCCGGAACAGAGCAACGACUUUAAAAAUAGCGACGAUGAAGACUCAGAUGAUACGGACACAACAGAUACUGACACAGAUGAUCAAGAAACCGUAAGACUGGACGAGAACCUUACUAAUGACAGGCAGGCUAAUGUGCAUAAUGCGUCAGAGCCACAGCUCACCGCAGAGCAGUUCAUUGCAGUUUUGAAUAGUGAAGUGAAAGGACUGAAGGAGGAGAAAAAUAACUUGUGUGAACAACUGAUGUCAGUCGAAGGUAUGUUGGAAAAAAAAUCAAAGUUAGCCGUGGAAAAUGAGGAUACCAUCAAAGACUUGAAGGACCAGAUCGGAAGAAUUACUGAAGAAAACAAAAAUCUUAAAACAAGAAUGAUGUCAAUCGAGGAUAUGUUUGAACAAAAAUCAAUGUUAGCCUCCGAAAAUGUGGGUACCAUCAAAGAUUUGAAGAACCAGAUCAGUGACAUUUCUGAAGAAAACACAACUCUGAAAAGAAGAAUGAUGUCAGCCGAGGAUAUGUUUGAACAAAAAUCAAAGUUAGUCACCAAAAAUGAGGAUACCAUCAAAGACUUGAGGAACCAGAUAGGAGAAAUUACUGAAGAAAACAAAAAUCUUAAAAGAAA